UUUGAUUUUUAAUUCCCCACAGCACUCACAAUUCCAGGCCGGCCGACCGCCAGUGAUCGCCUCCGAUUAAAAUGCGUCUGAUUCCUUGCUCAUAGCCCCCCCUAGGUCUACGCCGCGGCGGCGCACGAGUUUUAAGUCAGUCGUGGGGUAGCGGUAAGACACUAGCAAGCCAAGCAAGUCGGUGAACAUCGCUGCACUUGCUGUACCGGUGCCUAUAAAUACCUAUAAGCGAGUUUCCCAGAAGCUCUACGAUAGCGCAUCAAGCGGCCGCAUCAACUGCAGCCCAGCGCUGGCCUCACACAAAGCUCUCAGCACACUGCACACUGGGCAAACAUGCACUGCGCAUUCCUCGUCGUGGCCGUCCUGCGGACGACGCACGCAUUCAUCGUCUCGCAGCCACGCGUCGGCUCUCGUGCGGCCGCGUCGAAGACGCCAUCGCCGCGACGACGGCCGCUGCACCUGCGCAGCACCAAUGAUGAAACCACAACAUUUGAGCUCGUCGCAACAAACGGGGGUCGCCUCGACGCCGUGCUGGCCGAGGCCUACCCCGAGCGGUCGCGCAGCGAGUGGGGCGACUUUGUGAAGCUGGGCUACGUCACAGUGAACGACACGCCGUGCACGAAGAAGGCCGCGACCGUCAAGGAACGCGACGCCAUCGUCGUCGAGCUGCCCGCGUCCACGUUACAGGGAGACGAAAGGACGUGCAUCGCAGAGGACCUACCGCUCGACCUCCUCCUCGAGGACGACCAUUUGAUGGUGGUGAACAAGGAAGCGGGCAUGGUCACGCACCCGGCCCCGGGGCACCGGACGGGCACUCUCGCGAACGCCGUGGCGGGCUACUGCGCCCAUGACGCCGAGGGGAUGGAAAGCGGACGGCCGGGCAUCGUGCACCGCCUAGAUAGGUUCACGAGCGGGUGCGUCGUCGUGGCGCGCGACUCGGAGGCGCGGCGGUCGCUCCAGAAGCAGUUUGCCGAUCGGACGGUCUCCAAGUUAUAUUUGGCCGUCGUCGCGCGGCCGCCGCCCGAGACCGAGAGCGAUGCAGAUGAGCUUGUGAUUGAUGAACCGAUCGGUCGUCAUCCUAUUCACCGCGAGCGCAUGGCCGUCGUGGAGGGAGGCCGGCGCGCUGUAUCCAGAGUGCGCGUGCUCGCGACGGACGGGAGGAGGUGCGUCGUCCAGGUCGCGAUCGAGACGGGCCGCACGCACCAGAUCCGCGUCCAUUUAGCCCACGUCGGCGCGCCGGUGCUCGGCGAUAUUGUGUAUGGCGACGCCUCGGCGAACGACCGCGCCGCGAAGGCGCCUUUGUCUGUGACGAGGCCGCUCCUGCACGCGUGGCGGCUGGGCUUCGACCACCCCGUUUCAAGGAAGCGCGUCGAGGUCGUGGCGCCGCCUCCCCCCGACUUGGCGCGAGCGGUCCGGCAGGUGAGCGGCCGAUGACAUGUUGUGAUUCACUAACAAUAAUAAUAAGAGUCCUGGC